AUGUCAUCAUCAAACGACCGAGACGGGAGUCUCUUAAGAGGUAUACUGGGCGGUAGUAACGAUAAUGAAGAGUCUUCGACUCGACUCCUCUCGCAGACUACCAAUGCCCGACAAGCUACAGCUACAGCUAUCGCCCAGGAAGAUGGUGAAUGGACCUCGACUGGAAUAGGAACAACACGUACGACAAACGUGCUGGGUCCCACCAGUACAGGAGUGGCGACUGCCUCCUCAGCCUUGUUCGAUGAAGAUACGACGAGUGCAACAGAAGCUACCAGUUCAGUAGGUCAAGCAGCAUCGUCAUCCUCGGUGACAUCUCUCGGUACCUCCUCUGGUAUAUUAUCAAGUAGUCAAAGUCAAACUGUUUCAACCAUCUCUUCAAGCUAUGCAAUCUCAUCAACUCAAAGUCUGGCUACUUCAAGCUUAAGUUCAAGCUCAAUUUUGUCUGUAGGAUUAUCAACCAAAUCGGAUGAGAUCACUUCGACUGAAGAAACAACUGCCGAAACCACCCCACCAGUGAUAGUGACCAUCUCAGCCGGUCAAAAUGUCACUCUCACUUCCUCGAUCUUCUCCACUCCUCCAUCCACGUCGCCCGACAAUACCUCCAAGGAAGCUGCCAAUGACAACAAAGAUGAUACGUCCAUUCUGAAUACCGAUAAUAAACUGUUCCCAUUGGGUGUCAUAUUGGUAGUCGUAGGAAGUAUAAUAGCCCUAGUAACGAUUUUAUGGUUCCUAAUGAAGAUUUUCGGUAUAACCCGUCGACGAAAACGACUUCGAGGAGCUAUACCUUCAUUCGUACCUCCAGAGAGGAUCGAUUUCCCUGAUGAGAGCAACGAAAAAUACGAUGCGUAUCCUUCUGUCCAUCACCAUCAACGAAAUCAAAGUAAUUCAAGCUGGGAUUAUAUGCCAGGAUAUGAGCCUGCUCCAGCAGGAGGGAGAUCAAUUACACCGAUGGAAGGAGGUAAUUUAGCUGGAUUUGGUGUGGGUCAUACCAACCAUCAGGAUAUUAUACCUAAUUUCCCACCAUCAGGUCAACAGUAUAUCCCAUCAAGUCAGAUGAUGCAAGAUCAAUAUCAUUAUCCUCAACAGCAAUAUCCAUUCAUGGUUGAUAACCAUAAUUACAACAACAAUAGCAGAGAUCUGGUACCUGUACGAAGUAAUUCUCAAUCUUCAAAUCCGUCCAAUUCACACGAUCGGUACGGUCUGACCAGGAAAGGGACUGUGACUGAUGCUUAUGGAGGGAUGGAAACGGAGGUUCAGAGGAAUGGAUCAGUGGGAGAUGGACAUAAGUUGAAUAAAAGUAGAGAAUGGCAAUCAGGAGCGGGUGGGUAUGUAUGA